UCCCAUCCAAUAAAAAAAAACACUAAGCGUUUAUUUAUUAUUGUUUCAGUUACAAUAAUUAGUGUAAAUUACGUAAAUAAUGACGGCGGUGUCGACAAGACGACUUUGUACAUCAUCAUCGAACUUCUAUAAACGGUGUUAAAUAAUCAAAUAAUAAUUUAAUUCAACAAAAUUCGCGAUGUUAUUAGAUUUUGAACUGUGAAUCAACAACAAACAUUUGAAAUGUUACCCGUAGUUAUGUAUAACAUGGAAGGAAGUUCAAACACAAUUCCAAAUUCGAAUUUUGGUUCGGUUUUCGAUGAUAACGUAAUUUUAAACUGCGUUAGGAGUAGAAAAAAAGUAACAGAACUUCCAAAUUGUCCUGUUUGCAGCUGUACUAUCAGACAGGGUGAAUUAGAUACUCACUUAUGUCUGGAAGUAGAGAGGCUAAAUAAACUUUCUAAUGGUGGUUCUAAACGUAAGUUAAGUGCAAAUAGCCCGGGUAGUUCUAAUCCAAUGCCUGGAUCUAGUUCUAGUGUUGAUAAUCAGAGUGAUAUCGAUGUGAGCGGAUGCCUCGGUAGCGAUGUUUAUCAGCGAGUUCACACGAAUCGCCUCAAAAGACUACGGGCUCGUCGACGAAGUCCCCCCCCACAGCAGGGGGAGUGUCCGGUGUGUAAUGCAACUCUACCCGUCUCGAGACUGCAGAGGCACGCUCUACGCUGUCUCAAACGAACAGGAGCGGAGAUGGAUGAAGACAUACCCGAUACGAGCUCGGAAGACGGAAGCAUUGAUGUCGAGAACGAUGAGCCGUCGGGCUUCGGUGCGGAGUACCAGUGGUGCGGCGAGUGGCGCGUGCGCGCGGCGGCGCUGCAGGGCUCCGAGGCGCGCCCCGCCACCUGUGUGCGCCGGGCCUCCACCGACCGCGCUCUGGUGGUAGACGGCGAUGAAGACGCCGAACUGUACGGGCCGCCACAGUAUUCACCAUCACGUAUUGCGCUGGAUGCAGAUAUCCCCGUUGAUGAAGAUGAGACAGAACAGAACGCGGGUAACGUGAUGCAGGAGCCGACCUCGAAACCGAAUGGUUUAGUGGAAGCGAGUGCCGAGACCAGAAUACAGGCUUUGAAAGAAAAAAUUAAAGAUUUGGAGAAAAAACAGAAUUCAUCUUUAGAAGCUAAAUGCCUUAUCUGCCUUGGACCCUAUAUGUCACCGGCCGUCUCCAUCCAGUGCUGGCACGUCUACUGUGAGAUAUGUUGGCUGCAAUCGCUUCGUGCUAAAAAAAUAUGUCCUCAAUGCAAUGCAAUCACCACAGCGGACCAUCUCAGGAGGAUAUAUAUGUGAACUGUUAUGAUAUUAGCUCAAUUAUAUAAUAAUAAUUUAUUUUUGUCAGCCUGGAAUGUGUAAUAAAUAAAUAAUUACAUAUAACCGAUCUUGUUAGCAGGAAUAAAGAUAAACAGCUUGACCUUCAAUUGACAUUUCGUCAUUAAUAACCUGUGGUUGUGUUUUAAUUUUUUUUUUAUACUAUAGGAAGGCGCACGAUCAUAUGGGCCACCUGAUGGUAAGUGGUCACCAAACCCUUUGACAUUGGCAUUGUAAGAAAUGUCAUUUGCUUACAUAGCCAAUGCGCCACCAACCUUGGGACCUAAGAUUUUAUGUCCCUUGUGCCUGUAAUUACACUGGCUCACUCAUCCUUCAACCAGAACACAACAAUAACAAGUAUUGCUGUUUUGCUGUAGAAUAUCUGAUGAAUGGGUGGUACAUAACCAGACGAGCUUGCACAAAGCUUUACCAUCAGUAAAUUUGUUGUGGAUUCGUGAAACAAUGACGUUUAGAAUAUUAGUGUCGUUAUAAGUACUUUGGAAGUGAAAUUAAAUUGGAUAUAAAUAACUACUUAACUAAUAUAUAUUAUUCUAGAACUGUUUCUAGUAUAUAGUAUGGCAGAGCUAUUAGCAAAUAGCUUGAAAUAUAUAAGAUUUGUUUAUAUUUAUUCCUGUUAUUGAAAUAUAUAUAAUAAGGUCUGUCGUCUGUCGGUUCAAAAUAAUUGUUUCAAAGAAUAUGCCUUGGAUGAAGUUUAUACAAUAAUAAUAAAUGUAGGUUAGUUUUAGUUUAUUUACUGUGUAAAUAAAUUGUAUUUUUUCUAUGUAA